UAAACGCACCACUUUGGAGAAUUUAAAACUGUGAAUGAAACACAGAACGCGUAUCGGAAUUGUUUAGUAAACCAUAUUAAAAAAUAGGUUAGAGUAGACCUAUGUUCAGAGAUUAACUUCCACAAUCUAUGUUUUCAAGCCAUUCUAAAUGUAUUUCAUGUGACGUUAAAAUGGUGAGAGGCCAGUAUGCUUUUAACCCCUUGGGUACCUUACAAUCACAGCAAUCUUGAAACUGCCGGGUAGGGCAACAGGUACGCAUGCUUUUUCCUCGUGUAUGUUUUCUUCAAAUGAUGACACUAGUGCAGAUCUCUGCGUAGUUUGAUCUGUCGACCUAACGAGCUACAUGUAUUUGGGUCAGAGAAGACAUUGUUUUCCUGUACCUUUAAGAGUGGGGCGCAGUGUGCAGGACUACACUGGGUACGUAAUUCAAACACUUGGCUCCUCCUAAUUCUACGGUUUCGUUUCCUGGAGGUCGAGCCUGUCGUGUUGUUGACAAAAAAACGUAACAAAUAUCGUUUUUUACUGGGCAAAAUGGGUCAGUCGUUGCCGACCCCGGACUGCGAGCCCUCGGUGUGUCCUUUGUGCCACGGUAUAUGUCGGAAUCCGACCGCGCUGAGAUGCAAACAUAUUUUCUGCUACUGCUGUAUACAGGAGUUAUGGAGUGGUUCGCCCACCGGUCCAUACUACUGCCCCGAGUGCAAGGAGGAGUACAAGACAUUACCGGUGGGGUUCAAGAGAGACACUACCGCAAGUCCGUGGCGACAUGACGCGCCUGCACAUACACGCACCACCGCAGCCACAGGCAGAGCCAAUGAAGAGGAUGUCAUUGAGAUAAAUUCGGCGGGCUGGAACCUUGGGAAGAGAGCCUCCAUCUCUCAAUCCAAGUGUCUGUUAGGGAAGAGACCAGCCAGUUCUCCUGUCCCAGGAGGCCAUCUUCACGACAACAAGAGACAAGCCACUGGCAGCUCCUCUUCCUCCCACUCCAGGGGACAGUCUGGUGACCGUAAGAGACCCGCCACUUCCUCUUCCUCCUCUUCAGCCAAUCAGAACACGUCGUCUGACGUCGAGUUGUCCAGUGAGGAGGAGGUGCCAGCAGCACCAUUCUCCUUAGCAACCAAACCGUCUAGUACUGCGUCCGUCGCCGUCAGAGGUCCGGACCUGACACGUGAUAGGUCUAGGUCCCCUAGGAGAGACACACCCAUUGAGCUGGAUGAACCCCCUGCUGCAACAGAACCUCUUACAAGAGAACCCCUGAAUGACCCUAGAAAAUCACCUGAAGCAGCAGCAGGUCACAUGACCAACACACCGGCCAAGAAUCCUGCUGAAACCACCCAAACAACUCAUUUACGUUUAGUCACCCCUACGAAGGAGAAUCCUGCUGAAACCACCCAAACAACUCAUUUACGUUUAGUCACCCCUACGAAGGAGAAUCCUGCUGAAACCACCCAAACAACUCAUUUACGUUUAGUCACCCCUACGAAGGAGAAGCCUGUUGAAGCUGAGCGGGAGCCUCUUCCAGAGAUCUCCAACAGAUCUGGUCCAAUCGGCACCUCCACCUCUCCUGCCCGUGCUGCCAACAACCUGUCCCCUGGACGUACCAACCUGUCCCCGGCCUGGCUCGUCAAACCUCCGGGGAGACCUUCCUACCCUGCCACUAUUGCCCCAGCCAGGGCUCUCUCCCUGCGGUGAAGACCUGCCUAGUGUGUGGAGCCUCCAUGUGCUCCGAACACCUCCGGCCUCACCUGGAGUCCCCUGUCUUCCAGAGCCACACCCUGGUACCCCCUGUGGAGGACACCUCACCCUGGAGGUGCCCGGAACACCAGGAGAUGAACCGAAUCUACUGCCGUCAGUGUAGUGUGUGUGUCUGUACCGUGUGUACCGUGAUCGGGUCGCACCGGGACCACGCUUGCGUCGGCAUCAGAGAGGCCGAGAGGGAGCUGAGGGGGAACCUGAAACAGGAGAUGAAGAAGAUGCAGGGAACAGAACAGUCUUUAAUUAGCAGAGUGACUGAGAUGACAGACAGGAAACAGAGAUUCCAGGUGUUGCUAGGUGACGCGCGUGCGGGUGUGCAGCAGCAGUACGAGACCAUGCGUGAGGCCCUGCAGCAGGAGGAGGACACGGCCCUGCUGUGUGUGACUCGGGAGGAGAGCAGGACGGUGGGGGGACUGGAAGAACAGCUGACACAGCUACAGGAAACCCUCUCCUCCCUCCAACGUGGUCUUCACACUCUGGAAGAGCUGGCUGACACCCGGGGCGCCGCACGCGUACAGGAACAGUCCUUCAUCACGGAGUACAGUAAGAUAACCAAAAGUGUGUCUGAGAGCUGUUCUGUGGAGGAGCUGGAGGUUCCACAGGAGGUGGACAGGGCCAGGCUGAGAUGCCUACAGCAGUGGACUGAGAGGCGGCUGGUCUCAGUGGUCAUCUCCCUGCCUGACCGGGACCCCUUCAGACUGCUCUAUGGCGCCAGCCCCCGUCUGGACCCGGACACAGCCCACCCCAAGCUGCUCAUCUCUGAGGAGAACAGGAAGGUGUCUUACAGCGAGGUCCAGCAGGCCUACCCGGAGCAGGGGGCUCGCUUUAGCUCCUUCCCCCAGGUCCUGGCCUCUAAACCCCUGGAGGGAAGCCGUGCGUACUGGGAGGUGGAGGUGGAGGAAGACGAGGGCAAAUGGAAGGUGGGAGUCUGUGAGGGUCAGAUCGGCCGUAAGGGCCAGAAAGACACCUGCCGUAUCGGCUUCAACCCCUAUUCUUGGUGCCUGCUGAGUGAGAAGGGGAAGAUAGAAGCCCUGCACGACAAGGUGGCUGUCCCUGUGGAGGUCGACGGACUGGAAAGGGUUGGGGUGUUGCUGGAUUUCGAGGAGGGUAGCCUGUCGUUCUAUAAAGUGUCACAAGGGGGCGCUCUGAGCUUGCUCCAUUGUUUUAAACAGAGGUUCCGUGAACCAUUGUAUCCUGCACUAGCCGUGUCUAAAACCCAGCUCAACAUCACUGAUCUGUUCCGGGCAGAAUCUGUUAAGUCAGAGUAGUUACACGGGUAAUUCAGUAAAUACACUUCAAUCAGUGUAGAUGAAGGGGAGGAGACAGGUUGAAAGAAGGGUCUCUAUAAAUCCUUUUUUAAUUUUUUUUUAAAGGCAAUCUGUGAUUCAAACAACAACAGGUGGUCAAUCCGCCACUAUUUUAUUCUGUAAACCGCUGAUGAGUGGGGCUAGAGAAGGGAAUUCUUCCAGGCAGGCUCAGUACAAUAGUGCACAGUGGGGAAGAUAAGUUUUCUAUAGAUCAUAAAUACCUUUUUUGUAAGCAAUAAAACAUUUUUUUUUUACUUUUUAUAAAUGUUAAUCAAAUAGAGGAUUGCAAAGAGAAAUCUCAACACAGAGAUAAUCUUAAAUAUUCUUGUUUUCAUUGUUUUCAAAUGUGAUGUAAUGAGAAGCAUCAAUACACUGAGUGGACAAAACAUUAGGAACACCUGUCCUUUCCAUGACAUAGACUGAGAAGGUGAAAGCUGUGAUCCCUUAUUGGUGUCACCUGUUAAAUCGGGAUAUGGUAGUAGGUGCCAAGCGCACCGGUUUGUGUCAAGAACUGCAACGCUGCUGGGUUUUUCCACCCAGUUUCCCGUGUGUAUCAACAAUGGUCCACCACCUAAAGGACAUCCAGCCAACUUGACACAACUGUGGGAAGCAUUGGAGUCAACAUGGGCCAGCAUCCCUGUGGAACGCUUUCAACACCUUGUAGAGUCCAUGCCCUGACGAGUUGAGGCUGUUCUGAGGGGGAAAGAGGGGGGUGGCAACUCAAUAUUAGGAAGGUGUUCUUAAUGUUUUGUAUACUCAGUGUAGAGGUCUCUGUUCAGUAUAAUCUGCAUUGUUUGGGGUUUUAAGUUGGGUUUCUGUACAGCACUUUGUGAUAUCUGCUGAUGUAAACAUGGCUUUAUAAAUACAUUUGACUUACCCUUCCA